UCCUUUGCAAACCCUUGUGACCAUUUCAACUUUGGUUUCUCUCCACAACCCCACCUGCAGUUUCUUUGUCGUUCUUUUCCUUUCUUCCCAGAUCUUCAUUCUUCAAUCUUCAAUCACAUGUGAGUUAGGCUAAAUUUUUCCUGGUGUCAAUGAACAUCUCAGAAAAUGAAGGUAAGGAGGACCCAUCAAAAUGGGGGCUUCAAAACAUCGAAACUGAUCCCAUGGUUGAGGUGCCUCUAAAUAAUUCCAAUGACACUGCAUUGAAAAGGACCAAUAGCAGUGUCAGGAGGAGAAAUGCGUUUCAGGGAAAUGUUCGUGGUGGCAUGGGAAGGAUUAGGAGCCUACAUUUUCUUAAUAUCAAAGGGAAGGAAUCAGAUGCAUGGAAGCCUAUGGAGAAGCGCUUUAAUCAAUAUGCAGUUGAUAAUAGGCUCAGUAGGGACAACUUUGGGACCUGCAUUGGAAUGGGUGGACGAGAAUCGAAGGACUUUGCAGGCCAACUGUUUGAUAACGAUGGGAUUACUUGUGAAGAAUUCAGAUUGUUUUGGGAAGACUUGACUAAUGAAGACUCCGAAGCCCGGCUUCAGAUAUUCUUUGACAUGUGUGACAAGAACGGUGACGGGAAGCUGUCGGAGGAGGAGGUGACGGAGGUUAUAGUUUUGAGUGCCUCCACGAACAAGUUGGCAAAUCUUAAACAGCAAGCAGCAUCAUAUGCAGCUUUGAUCAUGGAAGAGCUUGAUCCUGACCACCUCGGAUAUAUAGAGAUGUGGCAGUUAGAAACUCUACUUAGGGAAAUGGCAAUGGCUGAGACCGAAGUAAAACCAAAACUUUGCAAGAAAACCCAAACUCUCGCAAGAGCCAUGAUUCCCAGAAGAUACAGGAAUCCUAUGAGCAAAUUCGUAUCUACUACCAUAGAACAUGUCUAUGAAAACUGGAGGAAAAUAUGGGUUAUUUCGUUGUGGUUAGCAGUUAACGUGGGCCUCUUUGCUUGGAAAUACCGCCAGUACCAGAAAAAUCCGUUAUUCAAAAUCAUGGGUCGAUGCCUCUGCUUUGCAAAGGGUUCUGCUGAGACCCUCAAGUUCAACAUGGCUCUCAUUCUCAUUCCAGUUUGUAGGGGAACUCUUACAGUCCUUAGAUCAACAUUUUUAAGUAACUUGAUCCCUUUUGAUGACAAUAUCAAUUUCCAUAAGUUGAUUGCAUUGGGGAUAACAAUCGGGACUGGUAUACAUGGAAUCAUGCAUCUAACUUGCGAUUUUCCAAGAUUGAUUUCAUGUCCAAGGGGUCAGUUCUUGGACAUUGCCGGGCGUUAUUUCAAUUCUGUGCAGCCAAGUUACAUGGAUCUGGUUACAACUACUCCAGGCAUAACUGGGAUUAUCAUAAUUGUUAUAAUGGCAUUUUCCUUCACUCUCGCACUAAACUCACUCAGGAAAAGUGCCAUCAACUUACCGGGGCCUCUCAAGAAUUGGAUAGGGUUUAAUUCCUUCUGGUAUUCACACCAAAUGCUGGGAUUGGCAUAUAUGCUCUUCAUCAUACACGGUUUUUUCUUAAUAUUUCAGGAUCAAUGGUACAAGAAGACGACAUGGAUGUAUGUAUCAGUUCCAGUAUUAUUGUAUGCAACUGAACGUUUGGUCACACUUCUUCAAGAAUAUUCACACCCUGUCUCUGUCAUUAAGGCGAUAACUUAUACAGGAAAUGUUCUCGCACUGUACUUGAGCAAACCUACAGGAUUCAAGUACGAAAGUGGAAUGUACAUGUUUCUCAAGUGUCCUGAUCUAUCAAAUUUCGAAUGGCAUCCUUUCACCAUCACUUCUGCCCCGGGAGAUGAUUACUUGAGUGUCCACAUCCGAGCUCUGGGAGACUGGACUACAGAGCUCAGAAACAUCUUCUCUGAGGUCAGCAGUCAGCUUCAAUGUACUCAGACUACUAGAAAGGGAACCCUUAUUAGAACAGAAACUAGAGUGAAAUCAAAAAAGCACGAACUUGAAGGAAACUACGAUCAUGAACAACCAGUAUAUCCGAAGAUUGUAGUAAAGGGACCCUUUGGAGCCCCUGCUCAGAAUUACACCAAGUAUGACAUCUUAUUGCUCAUUGGUCUUGGAAUUGGAGCAACUCCUUUCAUCAGCAUCGCAAAAGAUAUCAUAAACCGUAUAAGCUAUAGAUAUGGUCAAAGGCCUGAGUCAGCACAUGGCAGUGAAGAAAGAAGCUUAGAAACUGUGCUAAGCACCCACCAACUUGAAACGAAUACAAGGACUCCAGAAAGGGCCUACUUUUAUUGGUUAACAAGGGAACAAGGUUCCUUUGAAUGGUUUAAAGGCGUCAUGGAUGAUAUUGCAGAGUAUGACAACCAUCAAGUGAUAGAAAUGCACACCUACUUGACAAGCGUCUACGAAGAAGGAGAUGCACGGUCUGCGCUUAUUACCAUGGUACAGAAACUGCAACAUGCUAAGAAUGGGGUCGAUGUUGUCUCAGAAAGUCGGAUAAGGACACAUUUUUCAAGACCUAAUUGGAGAAAGGUGUUUUCGGACUUGGCUGCAGCUCAUCAAUCGUCUCGAAUAGGCGUCUUCUAUUGUGGAAGUCCAACACUGAUUAAAACACUAAAGGAGCUCUGCCUAGAAUUUAGCUUAAAUUCAUCAACCCGAUUCCAGUUCCACAAGGAGAAUUUCUAGAAUAGCUACCACACUACAGGACAUGUAUAUGUAGAACCUCACUCCUCUCCCCUUGAACUUAAAUAUUGUACUUUGAAGCAGUAAGAAAGUGUAUACAUACAAUAAUAGAGAAAGUGAGAACAAAUUAAAGUUGA